AUGACACUUAUUGGCGGUAUUUUUAACAGAACCCCCAAGCCUGACAACAGCUAUGUGGAGGACCUAUCGCGGGACGUGGAGAGCCUGAAUUUUGGGUCUCCUACUACCGUAAACCAACACGGCGCAGCCGACACUUCCUACGUUUCUUACAUGUCGACUUCCAGCUCUCCAAACAGAAGUUUUGAUCCUCAGGGGGUACAGCGGGUGCAGUACAACAAGGAGAACACUCCGCCAGCUACUCCUAGUAGAAACAAUGUUCAUCCACCGUUGCCAAUGUACGGAACACCACGUUCUGCGGUUACUCAAAUGCAGGUCACCCAGACUGCAAGACUGAAUAGAGACUUCUAUGUCAAGGCAAACAGUGCACAGACAAAGAGACUGGUGACUGUCUCACAGAUGUAUUUUUUGGACUAUUAUUGUGAUAUGUUUGACUACGUCAUCAACAGAAGACACCGAUUGAGCCAGGUCGAGGAAGCAUUGCAAAUGCUCCCACCCUCGGAAAGAGCGCAGCAAUGGAAGAACUAUGUUGGCAAAGAGCGGGCUUAUUUGAGAAAAAGAAGAAUCAAGCCGAAACACAAAGACUUCAACAUCAUCACGCAAGUUGGACAGGGAGGGUAUGGACAAGUUUUCCUGGCAAGGAAGAAGGAUACGAAAGAGAUAUGUGCUCUUAAGGUGCUGAGUAAAAAGCUUCUUACCAAAACCGAUGAAACAAGACAUGUUCUGACCGAGAGGGACAUCUUGACCAACACUCGCUCCGAAUGGCUCGUGAAACUCUAUUAUGCAUUUCAGGAUGCUGAGAGUGUGUACUUGGCCAUGGAGUUCGUUCCAGGAGGAGAUUUCCGUACUCUGUUGAACAACGCUGGAUAUUUAAUUCCACAGCACGCAAGAUUCUACAUCAGUGAGAUGUUUGCUGCGGUCAAUUCUCUCCAUGAGCUUGGAUACACGCAUAGAGACCUCAAGCCGGAGAAUUUUCUAAUUGAUUCCAAGGGCCAUGUCAAGCUGACCGAUUUUGGUUUGGCUGCUGGAUCUGUCUCAACAGAUAGAAUUGAAAGUAUGAAACUCAGACUCAGUCAAGUGAAAAAUCUUGAGUACAAGCCAAAGGAGCAUACGGUCAAAGAAAGACAGCAGAUGUACAAGUCAUUGAGAAACAACGAGAUCCACUUUGCACACUCGAUUGUUGGCUCUCCUGAUUACAUGGCUCUUGAGGUGCUGGAAGGUAAGUCGUACGAUUACACCAUUGACUAUUGGUCCCUGGGAUGUAUGUUGUUCGAGGCAAUUGUUGGAUAUACCCCAUUCUCAGGAAGCUCUUCGGAUGAGACGUAUAGCAAUUUGAAGAGGUGGAAAGACUGUCUCAAAAGACCAAGAUACGAAGACGGCAGAUACGUUUUCAGCGACCGCACCUGGCAAUUGAUCACUCGUCUUAUUGCAUCUCCAAAUGAAAGAUUGCGCUCUUUCAAACAAAUCAUGUCUAUGCCGUAUUUUGCCGAAGUCAAAUGGGAUUCAUUGAGGGAUCGUGUGCCACCCUUUACACCUCAAUUGGACGAUGAAGAGGAUGCGGGAUAUUUCGAUGAUUUCACUAAUGAAAAUGAUAUGGCUAAAUACAAAGAAGUCAUGGCCAAGCGUGCGAACGAUGAGAAACUGAGUCACAACAGCGUGAAGACCGAUCAAAAGAGCUUUGUGGGCUUCACUUUCAAGCACAAGGGAAAUCCAAACCUGAACCCUAGUAACAUUCUGUCACCGCUAUUACUUAAUGCUCAGAGUAGCUUUAGGGAUUACCACGGAUAUAGUGAGCCAUUUGGAACACUGUACUGA